GUUACGCAUCGUUUCAUAACCAUUUUGUUUUGUUGUCUCAUAAAUAUAGAUGAAUAAAGCGACGAUUAUUGAGGAUGCUAUAACGUACAUCAAGCAGCUGCAGAAGAGGGUUAAUAUUCUAAAAGACCAGCUUGUGGAAUUGGAAGGCUCAGCGGAAAAAACUCCAUGGCCAACAGUACCAACAGAUAGUACAACCCCGACGCAAUCGAAUAAAAGUUAUAUUCAGGCAGACGUGAGCGUUUCUCAAAUCGACGAACACAAACUAUGGAUUAAAAUACUUUUUGAGAAGCGAAAAGGUGCAUUCACUAAAUUAAUUCAAGCCAUGAAUUCUGUGGGGUUUGAGCUCACUGACACUAGUGUCACAACCGUACAAGGAGCUGUUCUUGUGACCACCCUUAUCAAUGGAAUUUUUUGUACGUCAACAGCGCAGCAAACUGAGGACUUGCUGCUGGGUAUCGUUAAUACAUGCAUUUGAGAUAUUGAUACUCAUUCAGCUAACUUUUAAUAUAAUUUAGGAUACACAUAU